AUUUUAGGCAAAUGUCACAAUAUUAAGAGCUAAUUUUAGAGAAGCCGAAGAUAGCUCCCAGCUUUAUUGUGAUAGAGAAGCCGAAGAUAGAAAGAGAGAUGCAUCUAUGGCCAUCUUUGAGAUUAAGGGAUUCUUUCAAAUUGGGUUACUUGAAGAAUCUUGAAUGGAAUCUCCAUAGAAUGAACAGUCAGAAGCAACGUGACAACGAUCAGAAGCUUUUGGAUGAGCCAACCAGCAGUUCUAAUAACGGUGGACGAGAAAAAUUUGAGCUGUUUUGUAGAGAAUUCCUCAUGAUCCUUUCUUGCUGCUACUGUUGUUUCUGCUGUGGAGCUUGUGUUGCUGAUGAAGAAGACUAAAAGGCAGAAAGAUAUUGGAAGAAUCUAUUGGAAUUAGAAACUGUUAAGAUAAUAUUGAGACUUAUUGAAAAUUGUUUGCUGUAAUUUAAGCUUCACAGCUGUUGUGCUAACUCAAUUAUUGUUUGUCUGUAUUGAAUUAUAUUGGGGAGUAAUUUAACCAUAGAUUAGGAAAUGAUUUAGGUUUCAUUUAAUGGUAGAUCUCAACAACUGGAAGUUUGCAAUCGUGAUAAAUUACAUC